UUCUUCUUGUCCUUUUUGGUUUUCACUUCCUGUUUUAUUUUGGUGUGUGUCUAACCUCUCCUCUCAUUAUAGAGUUCCACUUCCGGCCAUCGUGUGUUUCCCGCUCCCGUGAUUGUUGACCCCGCCCCCUAAUGUGUUGCACCUGUGUCUCGUUGUCUUCCACUGCUAGUGUAUUUAUUCUGUGUACUCCAUGUGCAAGCUCGUCUUUGUUCUUAGUAUUAAAACGUACAUGCAAUGUGUCCGUGCGCUAUCUAGUAUGUUUUCGACCAGUUUAGCCGUAGCCCGUUGGAUUUGUUUGCCUGCUUUGAUUGGUCACCCGUGUACCGACCUUGCCUGAGUUAAAGACCCUGCCUUGGAUCACUCUGAGUCGUGCAUUGUGUUAUCGGUGCAGAUGUGUGACGUGGUGAACGAGAUCGAGCUGGAGAGAGAGCGCUGUGAGAAUAGCACCUCUGGGAACGUCAGCUCAGGUUGCCAAGGCACGUGGGAUAUCAUUGCCUGUUGGCCUUCAGCCAGUGUCGGAGAGGUGGUAACAAUAACCUGCCCCACGUACUUCAGUUACUUCAGUGACCAGCACAAAGGUAAUCUCUCCAAAACCUGCACAGCAAACGGCUGGACUGAGAUGAGGCCUAUUGACAUUGCAGUGAACUGUGGAUACAAUCUCAACAGCACUAGCGACGAUGGCAAGUUUUUCUGGCAAGUGAAGAUUGGCUACACCAUUGGCCACAGUGUUUCCCUCAUCUCUCUCACCACGGCUAUUGUGAUCCUCUGCAUCUUCAGGAAGCUCCACUGCACAAGGAACUACAUCCACAUCCAUCUGUUUGUGUCAUUUAUCCUGAAGGCCAUCGCCGUGUUCGUUAAGGAUGUGGUGCUCUACGAGGUCGGCGAGGUGGACAACUGCUCCACAGGCUCUGUUGGCUGCAAAGCAGUGAUUGUGUUCUUCCAAUACUGUAUUAUGGCCAGUUUCUUCUGGCUGCUGGUAGAAGGCCUUUACCUUCACGCAUUGUUGGCCGUCUCUUUCUUCUCGGAGAGAAAGUACUUCUGGGCUUACAUUCUGAUCGGCUGGGGAGGUCCGACAAUUUUCAUCACAGCUUGGAGCAUCGCUAAAGCUUACUACAAUGAUGUGGGAUGCUGGGAUAUAAUAGAGAACACUGAUGUGUUCUGGUGGAUCAUUAAAACUCCUAUUUUAGCAUCAAUCCUGAUGAACUUCAUUCUCUUCAUCUGCAUCAUUCGAAUACUACGCCAGAAGAUCAACUGCCCAGAUAUCGGAAGAAAUGAGUCCAACCAGUACUCGAGGCUGGCGAAAUCAACGCUGCUUUUGAUUCCACUGUUUGGGAUCAAUUUUAUUGUGUUUGCAUUCAUCCCAGAGCAAGUGAAGACUGAGCUGCGGCUAGUUUUUGACUUGAUUCUAGGGUCAUUUCAGGGCUUUGUGGUUGCAGUCCUUUACUGCUUCCUCAACGGAGAGGUCCAAGGAGAGAUCAAGAGGAAAUGGCGGAGGUGGCACCUGCAGAGAUACAUGACCUCCGACACCAAAUACCAACACCCGUCUAUCGGCAGCAGCAACAACUUCAGCACCCAGAUCACCAUGCUGACACGAUGCAGCCCGAAAACUCGCCGGGGUUCCUCCUCCUGUCAUGACGACUUGUCUAGCAUUUGACUCACGCAAACGGUGAUACAGACGUACAUGCUGUUCAAAAUACUCUCGUGCCAAACAUCAGGCAGGACACAACGUAUGUAAGCUCUGGAAGAAAAAAAAACACACACACUUUCUCAUUAACACAUGCACUAGUGGAGGAUGUGAUGCUUGAGUGUAACAGGGAUAAAGGACAGUGAUGACAGCACAGAAAAAAAAGAUAUUAGACGACAGUGUGACAGUAAUCACUUUCUAAGCAGCUUUUAAUCUCCACGCUUAUUUAAAAAAAAAAAGAGGUUUAAGUUUAAGUGACAAAAAUACAAAUGCAUUGCUUUACAAGCACAGCUUCUGCACAUUUGAAUGCAGAUCAUUGAAUCUUUGUCCUUCAUUUCAUGACUCAGUGUCCCUGUACAGGUGAAUUUAUGAGUCAUAUUGUGGUUCAUUUGGUCAAUUGAUAUUAAGUUCCCUGUGUGCUCAGACACUGGGCAAAGCAAAAUGUCACAUAUUAAUGGGGUUAGGUGAGGGAUCCAAAUGUGAACUCCACCAGCAGACACACAAUCUGAUGUAAUUAUGUGCUGAUUAAAAAUCACUUAGUGGAUUCCCGCAGCUUCAAAUGAUCAAGGCUGGUGCAAAGACACAACCAUUGGAAGAGAGGGAGCUGAUGGUUUUUAACACAAAGUCCUGUUAUUUAUAUUCUUAGUGUGUGCACUGUCAUCACACUGGAAGAAAAGUACCAGGAAUGCAUUAUGGGGUUUGUGUUUGAGCACAAUAUGUUUUAAAGCAUUUGUUUAGGCAACCAAAAAGAACAAAUCAGUGUGCCACAUUUUGUUUUCCUCACUGUGUAGGAAGACAGGAAAAGAAAAACUGGCUGAUAACCAGCAGGACACUUUAUUUCCAUACAUGCCAAAUGGUUGCGGCUUCAGACCAGGUGACCAGUGUGACGCUGAUUCACAACGAUGGGUUUGGAGUACAAAUGCCCUUCUCUGCACUAUCACUCUCAUGAGAGACUGAUUGCCCUUUGCCUUCCAUUUCAUCAGUACAGCCUUCCCUCUUGUUGUGUGUGACUCUGAGCCUGUGGUAAGGUUCAUGUGUUUUAUUAUUUGAGGCACUCUGGCAGUUUUGUGCUGAUCGCUGACAAGUGCCUGUUUCAGUAUUUUGAAGUGACACUUUCAAUCCAAUCUUCACUGGCUGUGGGGCUGAAAAGCAGCUGUGGAGAGGAAAUGCCUUUAAGCAAUUCAGUCCUCGAAUGUUUACAUUUACUUGUCCGGAGUCAUUUACCAUUGUACAGUAAGUAUACAGUGUAAAGUAUAAUAAAUUACUAUGGACUGUUGUGCCAUACUGAUUGCAUUGUGGCUACAAUAUCAGUAAUAUGUCACUGUAAUUGUUUUUGUUCAUGUUAGUGCAACGUCAGAUUUAAUGCCGCUUCAGGUACAUAAAAUUCUCUUGUACAAGCUUGUUUAUGUAGCAGCCUGUGUUUUAUUGUCACGCAUAAAAGCUUAAUAGAAGACCCUGCAUUGCAUUUUAAAACAGUCCUUGGAUUCAUAAUACAGAGUAUUACAUGCAGUUUGACGAGAACCUUUCUUGUUGAUGCUUUGGUAGACUGACAUUAGCUUUAACUCCAGCAUCCUUUGAUUGUGCAAAAAUAUUUCCUGACUUCUGCGUUGACGUGCCAGGUUCAAAUUUCUCAGUUGAAGGAGGUUGAACUUGACAGUAUGUAUGUAAAAGCAAAACAAGGUUACAAGGAUGACUGGCCCCGUCACAACGGUGCUGUCACCGGUCUUUUCAUCUAACAAGGUUACACUAGUCACUUCAAUGUUUGUGCAACAGGGAACAUCCAGUUCAGUCCAGUUUUACCUGCAAAAAAACCAUCAUCUCAACCCACUGCUGAUUUAAGGGGUCAUACCUAAAGGUGUGUUCCAACACAAAGGAAAGCAAAGUUUCACCUUGCAUCAUUCAUGCUAAUUUUGCCAUUUUCUGGAUAGACUGUAUUUACUUUCUCUAAACAGCCAAUGUAUUUUACCAACUGUACAGAUGUUAGCUGUAUGCUAGCUAGCAAUGGACGCACCAACCAUAUCUGUGGGAGCGUGUUUCUGUGUUGGUGUUCAGCUCAGCCUCUGACUGAACUCAUAACUCACCAGAAUCCCCAGUUCUUUGUUAUUUCCCUCCAGGCUCUCUCUGUUCUCCUCUUGUCUCUGUACGGGUAUGGAACAGUUUCAAAAUAAGUCCCGGGAUAUGAUUUUUCACCAAGUUGAAACAUUUUUCAACUUUCGUGGACAUGAAUUCGCUUCCAAUAGCGUUGUAACAUUGACUUUGUAUUCAAUUCAAAAUUCUCCUCACGUUCUGUCUGAAUCAAGUGAAAUUGAAGAGGAGUAGAGAGGAUGAAGAGGAAACAAAGAGCAAAGUCAUAUUUGAUGUUUGGUUGGUAACAAAAGCUUAAAAGAAUUUUGGAAUAAUGUUUAUUUGCUUUCUUUCCAAGAGUUAGCUGAAAUGGCUGAUACCUCUCUCAUGUCUGCAGGGUAAAUAUUUAGCUGAAACGAGCAGCCGGUUAGCUUAGCUUAGCACAAAGGCUGAAAGCAGGUGGAAAUGGCUAGCCUAGUUUUGUCUGAAAUGCGCACACAACGCACACAAAUUAAUAUGUCAUAUUUCUUUCCUGUGAAGUCUUGUUGUCAGGAAGCUAAUUGUUCCUGGCCAAGAAACUGUGAAACGCAUAACCACAACUCGUUUUUACACUCAGGCUUUCGUACAGAUUUAAUGAUAAGAUACGAUGUGUUAAUUACUGAGCUUUUGUUACCUUUAGACAGAGUUAGGCGAGCUGUUUCUACCUAUGAAAAGUCCCUGUGCGAGGCUAAGCUAACCGACUGCUAGCUUUAGCUUCAGAUUUACAACAAGGGUAUUCCUCUUGUAUUGUAAUUCCUUAAAUUGUUCUGUGCCCUUCUUCUGUUGUCAGUAAAAAUGUAUGUAACUGUGUGAAUUUGCCAAUGUACGUCUCAUGAUGGUGAAAUAGAUUUGUACGUAUGAAAAAAAACAGGUUUCGUAUACAGUAUUUUAAAAAUUCAGCCACUGUUGCUAGAUAUUACCUUUUAAGUCUUUUUGUAACCUGGCAUGGUUGUUGUGUAUCAGUGAGAUGAUAUUAAAAAGGGACAUUAAAUCAACAAUCAUUCUAAUGUGCACUUACAGUAACUAUUCAGUAUUGAAAUAUGUGUAAUAUAGAUUUGUUUAUUUAAAAACUGGAUAUUGUGUGGUGUGUAUUUAAGAACUGAGGGUUGAUUUGUUUGGUUUGUUGUAAUUGAAUUAUAUUGUAACACUGGUGCAGUGCAUACCAUUGUGAAGCUACAAAUGUACUGUAAGUAUUUAUUAGCUUAAAGUCACAAAAAACCACUUUUGUGUACACAUAAAACCACUUUUUAGUUUUGUUUUUGUAUAUUAUCAUCAUUAAUUUUGUUGUACAGUGUAUGUAAAGAGUGUUACCGUGGCGGAAAAUGUAACUUGCAUAACAAUUUGACAUUGUUUCACGCAAACUGAAUGAA